CGGAAGUCGAAAACUAUAUAUAAAGUAAAGAAAGAAUCAGAAGAGUACGAAGCGUUUUCCGAUCACCGUUGUAUUCCAAAACUUUUAAGAAAGCGAAAUGGCAGCCGUAGAUGAGUCUCCUGCAGCGAAGAGGUGGCUUCCUCUGGAAGCUAAUCCCGAUGUCAUGAACCAGUUCCUUUGGGGUCUGGGUCUUCCUGAGGGCGAGGCUGAGUGCUGCGAUGUGUAUGGCUUGGAUGAAGAACUCUUGGCAAUGGUUCCACAACCUGUUCUUGCAGUGUUGUUUCUUUAUCCCAUAACGCCACAGAGUGAAGAAGAAAGACUGUUGCAGGCAAAUGACAAAAAGGAAUAUAGCAAUGAUGUUUAUUUUAUGAAACAAACUGUUGGAAAUGCUUGUGGAACAAUUGGACUUCUUCAUGCUGUCGGGAACAUCACUUCAGAAAUCAAACUUGUCGAUGGAUCAUUCUUGGAUAGGUUUUUCAAAUCCACAGCAAGCUUGGGGCCACAAGAGCGUGCAGCAUUUCUAGAAAAUGACCGAGAAAUGGAAGUUGCUCAUUCAGUUGCAGCUACUGCUGGCGAUACAGAGGCCUCUGAUAAUGUGGAUACUCAUUUUAUCUGCUUCAGUUGUGUGAAUGGGGAACUUUACGAACUUGAUGGAAGGAAGUCAGGACCAAUAUCUCAUGGUGCUUCCUCACCAAGCAGCUUGUUGCAGGAUGCUGCCAAAGUCAUACAGAGUAUGAUCCAGAAAAAUCCUGAAUCACUCAACUUCAAUGUAAUUGCUUUUUCGAAAAAGAAUGGAGCUACAUCUUAAGGUUGGCAAUGUAGUGCUGAUUUAAGUCCCUCGCAAAUGGUUAACAUUCAUAAACUUCAGCUGUUUUUGAUAUAAUUAAUUAGUAGGCAUUUGUGUCUGUACCAUGGUGCCUUUUUCAGUUUAUGCACAUGCAUACAAUGAGGCAAAAAAAACUUGUUUUCAGUGUCUGGUUGUAGGCCAUAGCUGGGUUUAGGUCAGUUGUUUUUACAGUUGGACACUGCCAGCAUGGCUCAACCCAUAAAAUAGUGUUAUACUGCUGAUUUCAGACUGACUAUUUAUUUGAUAGAUCUUUAUUCUAUGAUGCACUUGGUUGAGUCCAUUUGAUUUUCCA